AGCAAGAUGGCGGAUCUAGGAUCGAGCCUAACGAAAAUGGACUGGCUGCACCGACUUCGUGUCGGGGGGCCUAUGGGGGGUUCAAGUAUCAAUGGUUCUCAAGGUACCCCCGAUGCUUUAGGGAGAACACCAGUCCAAGUCGGAGGUCGAGGAUCUCCUGAUCUGUCUGGUGCAUACGAUCAUUCAGGACAGACUUCGCAGAGGGAUGGUAAACCACCUUACAGCUAUGCGAACCUCAUUAUGCACGCAAUCAACAGCACAAGCAAAAAGCGAAUGACUCUAAGUGAAAUAUACGCCUGGAUCUGUGAUAAUUUUCCAUACUAUAAAGAUGUUGGGAAUGGAUGGAAGAACUCUAUCAGGCACAAUCUUUCCUUGAACAAGUGUUUCCAGAAAGUUCCACGAUCAAAAGAUGAUCCUGGCAAGGGCUCAUACUGGGCGAUACAAACACCCCCACCUGAUGAUCCACUCCCUCCUACUCGGAGUAGGAAGAAACGGCCAAAUGACAGGCAUUCCCCUUACAGUCCAGACAGUGGCCUGAGCCCGAUCCCUCAGGGCAGCCCCAUGUUGACCAGUGUGGUGGCCAUGCAAGCUGUGCAGAUCAAGGCCGAGUCUUGUCACAGCCAGCCAUCUCCUUUCAACCCGAACAGUAUGGGUCUGAGCCCCAUCCCAGCGCAGGCCCACUCCCCCCACCCAUCCGUUGCCUCCUCCACCUCCCCCAUCAGCUCCCCAGGAAGUGCCAGCAUCAUCAACAACAACAACAAUGUCACCACCAUCAACAACAACCCAACCUUGUUCCCUCAGGUCUCCUCGAAUCAUGACACAAAGGCAGGCGUUGCGGAUAACACGGUGCCAGCAUCCAGCAAUGGAUUCUUGGACCCCCAAAACAAUACGGACGAGCUGAACAGCUCCACCUACAACCUUUACAAGACGAUAUUUGAGUCCUCUUCAGGUUUUCCCAACUUGAAUUUGUCGUCGUCGGACUGGCUUCAAAAUCUGGACAGCCUGAAGGAGAGCAUGAGGUCGAGCGGGAACGACUGGCAGAACAUAGACAUGUCGCAUUUCCAGGGUUUGCUGGAGACGGUCAAGCAGUCAGACCCAGCCACGUGGUCACUUAACCCUGACCAGUUUGGCGACCUGGCUUCUUCCCUCAACAACUACUUCAACCAGGCCGCACUCUCGCAGAGUCAGAAUAGGGGAAGCGACAGCGGUGGUUUCCUGAAUCCACCCAGUACCACAGUGCCCCAUUCAGCUAUUCCACCCAAUGUGGACCGUGCUGUGACUGGCAUCCAGGGAAACCCCAACUUCCUGCAUGCGGACGAGAUCGACGACGACUUCGAGUGGGACAAGCUGCUGUGAUGGUAUCAGCCCACGAAGCGACGGUGGUGACGAAGACGACAGACUCCGAUAACUCGACACUGACGCCGAUGACUCGACACAGACGCACUGUCUCUCACCAGAGUCGUGACGAUAUACGGUUGAGAUGGACGAACAGACAGACCGACAGACUGACAGAUGGACAGACGGCUCUAUGUGGUUAGGACUUCCUGCCAUUUCUGUUCCCAGGCCGCGCCGUUUGUGAUGAUAACGGAAUGAUAGAAAAAUCUGUUCACAUGGAAUUUUCUGAGUUAAAAAAAACACAUAGUAUUUUUUAAGCUGUAAGGUUCGGUUGAGUUUAUAACAUGAUCAGAGGUGUUGAUUUUCAGGAUAAAUAAAAAAAUCCAGAUUUCUAAAAUAAUACAGAUAUUGCACCAUAUAUGAACAGUUUUGCAACAAAAUGAGACAUAUAUCCAUUCUACCGUUUUGAAAAGAACAAAAAUAUAUUUUCGUCAUUUAUUAACUGAACAAACCUGAAGAACUUUGUUUUUAGUGGACUGGUGAUGUACACCAUAGUUGAUUUGUGUCGUUUGUUGAAAUCUAUGUUGGACUUUAUUUAAAGUGAUGUUAUAUCCACACUUCUUUUUAACAAAAUGCUACAUAAACACAUUGAUUUGAGACAUAAUGAGACAAAUCCAUAAAUUUCAAUUCGCAUUUUUUAUUUUAUAAAUCUUUAUGAUUAACCAGUAGAAGCUUAGUAAAACACAGUGAUCAAUGGAAAGAGUGAGACGUUUGUCCGGAACCAGGGUUUAGGUCUGUGGAACGGGGUAGGGAGUUCUUUCUUCGUGGCAGACGGAUAUGUGUUGCCAGUGUGUUCAUGCCAUAUUAUUAUCCUCGAGACAUUGCCCGACUGGCUCUAUUACGUGACGUGGUUCUGGUUGCUUUUUGGCCCAAGGGUGGUUUGGGUUUUUUAAUUUGUUUUAUUCAGGAUGUAAAUGUUGAAAAUUGUUUGAUCCUAGGGGAGUAGUGAGUGAGUUAGAGAGAGAGAAAGAGAGAGAGAGAGAGAGAGAGAGAGAGAGAGAGAGAGAGAGAAACAGAGAGGGAGACAGAGAGAAAGAGAGAGGGAGACAGUGAGAGAUGUGAUAUCAUUCAAUAUACAGUAAUACCCAAUAGAUCUGAAUUUUGUACAUAGCUAAUAAACAUUAGUUCUUGUUGGACUCAAGGGUUAUGCUUCUCUUUCUUCGAGACACAAUUCCUGUAAAUGUUUUUUUUUUCCGUUUAAAAUUUUUUUUUUGUAUACAAUGUAAUUGCGGGAUCUCCCGAAAUCUAUUUUAUUUUCAUUCCAUUAAACCAUGUGAUCUGCAUUGCCAUUGAUGCGUGUGCUAAAACAUUCCAUCCCAAAUGUCAUGUAUUAAUGUAGCAGACUAUAGCAAAAGUUUCUUUUUUACAUGGUUUUGUGGGGCAACCAGUCCCUGCAUGUGAAAAACAAAUUGAUGAAUAUUUUUCACAGAUUUCAUAACUUUUGUGUACAUAGUUUAUCGACAAUUUAUCUUUUGAUAUAGAAUAAAUGUGCUGAUUUUUUUUCUCUCUCAGUUACAAGAAAGUGCAAUUUCCAUUGUUUGAUUUUUCAUCUGCAUUUUUGACCACUUUUGUGUGCAUUGAUCUGUUACCAAUACUGACAUUUUUACUUCACCUAUGCACACCUUUUUCCCCCUCCUACUUUAGCAUAUUAUUUUACUUUUUUUUACCUUUUCUUAUUGUAUGAGUGUCUGCCAUCGUGUUGGUAUGAAGGAAAAUCAAUUCAGUGCAGUAAAAUGUUUGAGAAAGUGCUCUGUCAGCUCAAUUGAUGUCAUGUUGGGUAAAGCAUGCAGGUGUCCCUGGUUUGAAUCCAGACGGGAUGUUUCCUGACUUCAGGUGCUUGGCUUUUUGAGGUUCUCCGACCGCUUGGCUCAGUCAUAACGGAGAUCAUUGUUCCUCUACACUUCAAAGUACCUUACAGUGUUGAAAGUGAUGUUGGAUCUAUAUGACACUUUGAUAUCAGGUUCAUUCACUCUAUAGGGUUCCUUUAAAAUGACAUUGUGCAAGACUUUGCUGGUUUAUCUAUGGAAUCUCUUGUGGAGAAUACUAUUUGAAUAUGGGAAAAUUCUGCAAGAGAAACAACAAAUUUUAAAAAAGGAAAUAUGACCUGUCUGUUUUGGGUUUUUUUUCCCUGUGGAGUCUUCAUGUGUGUGGGAAGUGCUUUGUCAGUUGUGGAGUCUUCAUGUGUGUGGGAAGUGCUUUGUCAGUUGUGGAGUCUUCAUGUGUGUGGGAAGUGCUUUGUCAGUUGUGGAGUCUUCAUGUGUGUGGGAAGUGCUUUGUCAGUUGAAGAUGAUCUUUCUUCUUUUUAGUCAGGUCUGUGGUAUCUGUGUUACAUUGAAGUUGUUGUUUUUGAACAACCUUGAAGUAACUUCCAGGACAAUUGAGUGCUGAUUUAGCUUAAGGUAUCUUUUUCAUUUUUGAUAGGACACAGUGUUUUAUCUUUUUUUUUUCUAAAAAAAAACAAAAAACCCUUAACCUAAAUUGGGAUUAAUAAUAAUGUCAACUGAAAAUUUUUUUUUUUACAUUUAUUUGUUAUAAAAUGGACUUUUUAGGAAACUUCUAAUGUAGGGGGGGGGGGGGGGGGGGGCAAAUCGGUGACGGUUGGAUGGGUCCAGGUGUUCCUGUGGUGCACUUGUUCGUGGCCUGUCCUUUUGUGUUCUGGCACCUACCACUCUUUCCUUCAGUUUAAGGUCCAUGUGAGACCUAAAGAGUUGUUGCAUAGCCCAACAUGUCGGGUUGUAAACACUUGUAAGCCUAUGUGGAGGGUAGUUUACAUUAUUGCUGUAGCAAGAAAAAAAGAAUGACUUCACUUAAUUCUGUUUCACAGGGGUGAGUAAAAAGACAUUAGGUGUUACUUUUUUCUAAAUGUUUAUGAAGGGAUGGGGAGCUGUAACGACAUAUUUGUAUGUGAAAUAUAGACUUUACAGUAUUUUUAAAAAAAUUGAAUCUUCCUUGUUUGUUUUUUUAGUUUCCUCUGAAAUCCAUUAUGUUGAAAAAUAAAAUAAGUUUAUUUAUUUAUUGGUUGAUUACACUUGGUCUGUCCGUCCAUGAUAAUAAUGCUUAUUAUUAUGCAAAGUAUUUUGUUGUUUCAAGCAUAGCAAUUUGGUUAAGAAGCAAAAAAAAA